UCUAGGAUAGCAGGAGACUGAAAUACAGCCUUGACCCAGAAGAGCCAGUGGGACAAUACAGCCUGAAGGGCAGGAACGACAGGAGUCUGAUUCAAUCUGAUCUGGAAUGGGAGGAGGGGACUUAAUUUAGAGUCACAAGGAUGAUAAAAAUCUAAUAUAGUCUGAUUUGCAAUAACAGGGGUGGUUGGGGUCUUUCAUAAUUGCCCAAAGGGAGAGGGAUCUGGUCUGGAAGGAUAGGAUAGUGCCACGUUGAGUUCAAGUGAAGGUGAGCAGGGUAACAAGAAUUAGAUAAACCUUUGCGAAAACAUGUCACUGUCAGGGGAAAAAAGACCAACGUAAUCUGGGCUAGGAAAGUGGGAGAAAGUGACCCGAUCUCAUUUAAGUUCGGAGAGGGUGGCAUUAGUGCAGAAAGGAUUUGAACUGAGUCCAGACUUGUGUGCUAAGAGAUUAAUGUUGAAUAUCCCUUUAACACCACUGAAGAUUGUUUAGAAAAUGGAUAAUUUGCCAAUAAGUAAUUCGCGAUACAAGGAUCGGAAUUACUGGGAUGAACGCUAUCACCACGAGGAGACCUAUGAGUGGUUUGGUGCGUUUUCACGCUUUGAGCAUUUGCUGAAGGAGGAGAUUCAGACUGAUGAAACCAUCCUGGUCUUGGGAUGUGGAAAUAGCUCAUUGAGUUAUGAAAUGUUCAUGAGCGGUUAUAGAUCAAUCACAAAUAUUGAUUUCUCAGCAAUAUGUAUUGAAAAAAUGGCUUCCAAAUAUGCCACCUGCUCAGGCAUGGAAUGGAAGGUUAUGGAUGCUAAGGCACUUCAGUUUGAAGAUGAAAGCUUCGAUGUAGUAUUGGAGAAAGGUACCCUUGAUGCAAUGAUGGUGGAUGAAAAGGAUCCUUGGAAUGUAUCACAGGAAACCACAGAAACUAUAGACCAAGUUUUGAAAGAGGUCAGUCGCAUUCUGCGGAAAGGAGGACGCUUUAUCUCCAUUACAUUUGCACAGCCUCAUUUUCGGAAGCAGCUUUAUGCCAAAAGGGUUUACAAGUGGUCCAUCAAACACCAAACCUAUGGAAAUGACUUCCAUUUUUAUUUCUACACCAUGACCAAGGGAGAAAACCUGUCUUCUGAUGAUCAGGAACUAGAAAAUAAAUGUUCACAGAGAACAGAGCCCCAGGCUACCGUUUAUCUCCAAUUCACAGAGAAUGAAGACUACCUCAAUAACAUUGAAUAUUAGUUUUCAAAUUAAUUCCAUGAAAGGGUGUGUACAAACAAAAAUCUAAGCCAGUAGAGUUAAUGGGAAAUACCCAUUUGCUGCAAAGGCCACAGGAUUUUUUUUUAACGAACUAAGUUGAGGAAUUCUGAUCUGGCAUGGCAUAAAGCUGUGGUUCUUAACAUGGAUAGGGAAAUGCAGCUAUCUCAGCAUCUGCCAAAAAUAAUGAGUUUAUAAAAUACAGGUUAGAAUCUGCUUGAGUCUGUCUCCUUCUCUAUUCCUACUGACCUUUUACUGUACAAUCAAAACCUCACUUCCUGAGUUUUGAAAUAUUCUGGGUAGUUGCUCAAGGUCUUUGGGGCCCCCAAAUAGCAGAGUGAGGUGAGGAGGUUGACAGUGCACCAGUGAUCGCAGUAAGUGUGUGAACCACUUGGCCUACGCUGGCUCUCAGCCAUUUCCUUCAGCCUCUCAGAAAUGCCCACUUCACAGCCCAGCUCCUCAUCUUUGUUUAUAUUUUUGCUACCUCAUUUAUUUUCCUUCACCUUGUCUCUGACAGCCAACUCACCAUCCUAUUUUCAGAAAUAGUGAUAUUUUUUCUCAUCAUUUUAUUGAAAAAAAGUAAAGAAUACUUUAGAUUUCCUCCAAACAAAAUAAUAGUUAAAGUUGACAAUUGUUGGGAGGGGGGGGGGGGGGGGGGAUUUGUUACUGUGAGGACCAGCUGUUUGCUUGGUUCUAGCAUCCACCAGGUUACCUUCCUAUUUACUAGGACAGUAUACUGUAAGGGAGAAGAAUUUUGUACUUUGAGACUGAGUGCUAUCUUUGGUCCUGCAUCUCGAUUAACAUGUUAUCCACCGCUUUAAACUUUCACUCUCUACAUGACUGGCGUACAAUCAUUACAGUAUGCACCAUCUGUAAGAUCAUUGUGGCAAUUUACCAAGUGUCUUUAGACAGCAGCUUCCAAACCUGUGACCUCUAAAACCAAAAAGGGCAAGGCUGCAGACAUAUGAGCCUCUAAUUCUGCACUUCCCUACAAGUGAAAAACCUCUUUCUCUAUACCUUAUAAGGGGCUAGUUUACUCAGCUGGCUGGUGACUGAUGUGGAUCAGAUUGAUGCCAAAAGUUCAGGAUUCAAUCGCCACUCAGGUUGGAAUGGAUUAAGUACCUGCUUCCUUGCCCUACGAGAAUGAAGAUCGUGGUGUUGAUCAAACCUGCCUUUGUGCAAAUAGAACUUUAAGAAUAUCUUAUCAAAGAAAUGAUUUCAAGAGAAAAGACACCCACAAUUUUUAUCUUGUCCCAAUUUUUAUAAUCUUGCUGUUUUGGUAUCAUCUUUGUAACUAUUUUCUGUACUUUCUCCAGUGUUACAAUGUACUUUUUUCUAAAUAUGGUGACUAGGGUUGUAAACAGUAUUCUAAAUGUGGUCUAACCAGGAUGCUGUAUUAGUAAAGCAUGACUUCUCCACUUCUCGAUUCUGUCCCUCUAAAAAUCAAAUCUGGUGCUUGAUUUGCUUUUUUUAAAUAGUCUCAUAAGCCUGAAUUAGUAUUGAUAGUGAUGAAUGGAUUUGUAUUCAUAAAUCCUUUUGCUUCUGUACUGUGUUCAUAUUUUUUAAAAACUAAUUGGUGACUUCUUUCCUUUUCCUUACCAAAAUGUAAUACCUCAAACUAACUAAUGUUGAAAUUUACUUUUCAAUUAAUAAACUUGUAGAAAACAUA